CCAAAACACCUGCGGAGGGGAUAACACAGAUGAGGGACGAUGGGAAACAAGGAGAGACCCAAUAAACUGAUACGCGAUUACGGACGUGCAACGAAGACUUUUGCUCAAAGGCGGGCGUCGUUUUCGCGCGACAUAAUUUUGAAUUCGAUACUAAAUAAACCCUACAUCACAACACAGUGGAAGAAACGAGCACUCGGUCUGUACGGCACGCAACUUGUCUUCUCUGAAGUUGGCGCAGAAGAUGCUGUCAAGGAGGAUGAUAAGUCUACCGAAGAACUAGACUUGCCGAGAUCAGCGCAGGUGGUGAUACACUCUGCGCUUGCACCGUGUAUUCCGCAUGUGCUUGGUGUUGCAUGUGUCUGCGUGGAGACUGCAAAGCACCCAUUAAUUUUUCGUCCAUUGGACGAGCGGCAGUCUCAUCAGUUGGAUGAGUGGAUGAAUGUGAUUCGAACCGCAGUCACUCCACUCAAACUAGGAUCGCUCGACCCUCUCGGGGAGCUCGAGGUUCUGAUGAAGCGGAAAGACCUAACACCAGUCGAGGCACAGCGUGCACAGAUGCUCAUGAAGGAUCACGGUAUGAUUCACAAGCAGGAGGGUUUGGUGAACAGAGUUCCACAUGUUGCUAUGGAGGCGUGUACUCCAUCACCAUCGCAUCGUAAGCAGCCUCCGCUAGCCAGCGAUGCCAUCACUACGCGCAUCGGCGGAAGUGAGUGGACCACCGGGGCAUCACUCUUUGAAGCGAAGCCAUCGCCUAUCACUGUGCCACAUGCGCUGGCAGUGGAUCCUCCGGCGGAGAAACUUGAAUCGGAGGUAGAUAUCACUCCUACUAGUACGUCACAAUCAAUGUUUCGUCAAAUCAACCCAGUGGGACGAGGUGGCUCACAUCCCACAACAACGUCAGUUUUCAUGGGGUCUCUGGCAGCAAGCUACCCGGAGGCACAAGCUGCGUUUUGUACUUUGCAUGCAGAUGAACGGGCGCGGAUGUCUAACACGCGACCCAUGAACCCACCUCCAGGCGUCGAGGUCCUUUCUGCAGUACGCGACGGAGACGGACACUAUGAGGGGUACAUCGCUGCCAAUGGCACCUGCGUGGACGUACAUGGCAUUUGCGUUGGCUACCUGAACGACGUCGAACGUACCGCCGGCAGUCCAAAGGGCGAGUAUCUCGGCUGCGUUACCGAGCCUCGCAAUGGUGAGGCCAUGAUCGAACGACCAGACGGCACGCAGCUCGCGGUACUAGAUUUGGGUCGGACGCAACUCAAAACACGCUCUGGUUCCACGGUUGCUGAGUUCAAGAUGAGCGGUGAAGUCAUUGCAAAUCUUGGCCAUACAGUCUGCUCCUUUGAUGCACUGUCCUUCCAUGACCAACCCACCAUGGCUCUCUAUCUCUCUUUCAUCAAUUCAAGCCUUCUGACAAAGGCCGCGCUGAUCCAGUCAUCAGCACACCAAUCAUUUCCGCCAUGCGUAAAUCCCGCAAACCAUGGGCGUAACAGUUCCCAGGAAGUGUUCUCAGCGUCAAAUCCCGCAUCGGCAUCCCCGAUUACCCCCUCUCCAUGUACCUCAUUCACUAGACCAUCUGCUGAUGUUAUUUCAGAUGUUAUUUCACAUGACGCUCCUUUGUCUCAUAGCAAUGAGCGCAGGUGUCUCGCUGAUUUUCUCUCCAGUGAACCCUGGCAGCUCUCUGCUAAGGCGGGAGAUACGUUUUUGGUGGUUGAGACACAUGAUGACGGCUGGGCUGCCUGCCUUGAUGCCACAGGUCGCAGAGGAAUGCUACCGUCUGCGUACUUUGAAGUCGUAUCAGCGCCGACAUUAGCAACAAGCCGACCCAUGCUCGACGUUCCCUGCGUUCCGUUGUCCAGGUCUAUAACCCUCUCCUCCCCAUCGGCUUCUGAUUGUCAAAGGAAACUGCGUUUGACGAGAAAGGGCUCUGUUUUGCCUCCACCCCCAGAGCCAGCGCCUAGCUUUUCACCGUUCGCUCUGGGCACGCCGGAGUCAUGUCCUGAACGCAACACGGAGCAGUGUGCUGCAGGCAAAUCAAUAUCACAUGCGUCACAUAGAAUUGCCAUCUCAUCCUUCGAAGCCGAUGGCACUCAGCAUUGGCAAGUAUCGUUAGAUCUUGACGAGAUCUGUCAUAUUGUGGAAGAUCAUGGUGAUGGGUGGGCCUCGAUAGUUAAGGCAGGAGGCGACGAGGGCGUAGUGCCCCUUGCUUUCCUAGCUCCGAUUAAUCGCAAAAUAGAUUCAUUUCUAACGCAUUCGCAGCCACUCCUCAUUCCGCCACGGAGAGGGACUCACAGAGCUCUUCAUCAUUUCUCCGCGAGUGACCUGUCGUGGCAAAUUGGGGUUGAUACAGACGAUGAGGUCGAACUCCGCGAAGAAUUUGAUGAUGGAUGGAGUUCUAUCGUGCAACUCAAAUCAGAUUCGCGCACCAACGGACUAUGUCUCUUUCCAGAAUAAUGAGUCCCAGUCAUUCCAGAGCAAUGCGUCCCAGUCAUUUGGGCAAAUUAUUAGCGACAUACCUCGUUUUAUUGACAAGCCCUGAACCAGACACGACAGCCGGGAACGUCGUGGGUUCCCUCGGACCCCUUUCAUCGCAAAGCGGGCUCUCUUGGGUCGGGUUUGGCGUCCCCAGCAGUCACGGUCCUCGGUAAACGAUGAAUCCCCCCGGGCCGGCACCCCAAGCACGGUGUACUAACACCCGUCGGGCGAGAGUACCAACACCCUUCGGGUGGAAGCUGGGUGGGAAUGCUAGCUUUAGAUGCAAACACUUCUUGUGAAGUCAAAACC